ACGUAGCCAGCACCUUUUACACAAGAGCGGUAUCAUUCUCCCUGUGUGUGGCUUGGUAACCUUAUCGCAAUUCAUUUUUUACCACAUUUUAUUUCAUGUAUAUUUGUAUAACAAUAGGGUGAAGAAGACAAGAAGUGAUCAACAAGGAGGAAAAGGUCGCACUGAGUAGCUACGUUUGUGUGAGCAAAAGUUCAGUCCAGGCAGUGGUAAACCUCAAACUACCCUACUGAGCUGCUCCUUUUGGUACAUAAACACCGGAUUACUGCUCGGGAAGUGAAGAGGGAAAGGUUUUUCUGUACCUGCCAUGGAAAGUAUGCUGGAAAAUCUGUCAAACUCUGACAUAAUCAGCAUUUGUGUGCAAGAUCCAAGGCUCUUAAAAGAUUACCUCUGGCACACACAUGUCGACUAUGAGAUCUGUUUACAUACCAAUAGCAUGUGCUUUCGAAAAAAGUCUUCAUGUGUAAGACGGCGUUACAGUGAGUUUGUUUGGCUGCGACAUUGUCUGGAACAGAACGCUCUGAUCAUCGAGUUGCCCAAAUUGCCGUCAAGGAACCCCUUCUUCAGUUCGAAGAACCCGGGACAGGUUGCACAGAGGAUGAAGGGCUUCGAGGAGUUUUUAGAAAGUAUUUUUGAAAACCCUUUGUUGCUGUCGGACAGCCGGCUCCAUCUGUUCCUCCAGUCAGACCUCAGCAUCACGAGGAUAGAGAGGUGUGCGAGUGGUAAGACAAGGUACACGGUGGCAGAAGCAAUACAGCGAUGCAACAGCAGCUUCAUCAGCAGUUCGGAGGACAAGGCGGCCUCCUGUGACUCUGACUGUGAAAGCAGCUCUUCUUCAACAGGUUGUCACAGUGUGGACACUCCAGAGCAAGGGACCCCCGUCCCCUUCUCAGAAUCAUGACAGACACUCCCAGCUGUUCAGCUGUCUUUCAGCAUGUCCCCCCCACGCGUCAACAGCAGCAGUGCUUGAUCUGUUGGUGAUCCUCCAUGGAGCUCUUUCUUUUCUUAACCUUCAAACUACUUCACUAUGCAACUUGGACAUUUGUUGUUUUAUUGUGCUUUAUUUUUUCUCAAAGCAUUACCUUGGUCAUUUAAUUGAGUGUGUAUUUAAAAAAAGAAAUCAUGUUUUAAAAAUGUAUGAUAAACCUGCACACUAUAAUGGUGAUUUCUUAAACAAUUCCGAUGUAUAUUUUUAUCUGCACUGAAGCUCUACCUAUGUUGGCAAGGAAUGAGCUUUGUAUUGUAGACUAGGAUUUUUAGACACAUAUUGGAAUACUUCUAUGCUGUAUUAAUGGUUGAAUAAAUUGUCUUUUUGAUGAAAAAAUA